GUGAAAAAAAAAGGAAGGAGUCCUUCCAGGCAGAAGGUGGGGAGGGCCUAUGUGAGGCCUGUAUGGCUGAUUUUCAAAUCAGAACUGAUAUUACUUAGAGGAGGCAAGGAUACUUUGAUCGUCACAAUAUCAACAUCCAUAAAGUGAAUAUGGCAGACAGCUAUGUUGAUGCUAUGGAUCCGGACAAAUUGAUGCAAUGUCCUUAUGACACCCACCACAAAAUAAGAGCAUGUCGGUUCCCCUACCACCUUGUGAAAUGCCGGAAGAGUCAUCUGGAUAUUGCCCAGCAGUUGGUGACGUGCCCCUUUAAUGCGCGUCAUCAGGUUCCCAGAACAGAGCUGAGCCAACACAUAGCCAGUUGUGAUGACAGAACAUUUGUUGAGCAGGACAUUGCAAGCCAGUUGGAUAACAGAAAAGAACGUAAUGUGGUAAGCACGUGGCAGCCUCCUCCGUGCGAAGAAGACUGGGACAAAGAUCUAGAAGAUGGAACAAAGUCUGUUUUCGUGUGGGGCACCAGCCACUCUGAAAGCUCCGGCACAACCGUGGAACAUAAAAACCGUCUGCCUCCAGGUCUGCGAGCCCCCCGGUCCUUGCCAAAUGUGCUGCCGUGGAAGAGCAGUACAGAAAAUUGAAGACUACAGAUGAAAACUGUCCCUUCCACUGGCUCUCAAGUGCUCAUUAUCUACUCUCUUAGAAAGAUUAGAGUGCCAGCAAAGAGACUCCAAACUAAACUGUGCCCCUGUUUGGGUUGGCUGGUCUAAAAAAGCUCCGAAUGUUCAAUUCUUAAUUUAAGGUUUAAUUUAGAUUUAACAUAGUUAACAGGAGUGUUAUUCAAUGAGUAUUAUACACCAGUAAUUCCUCCUUUAGAAGCCCAUUGAGAUAAACAGGGAGAAAUCCAUUUCUUGUGACAAUCGUUACAGCUAUUUGGUACCAGGGUUCUGGAGGCAUCCUCUGUAGGGAAAGGCUAGUUGGAGAAUGUGUGCUGUGGUUUUUUGCUGAAUAUUUUAGUUAAUCCCUAUAUAUUUGCUGCCAUUAUUGAAUUAAAUUGUUUUAG